AUGGGUUUCUUACUAUCCAAUUAUCAACUCACAAUAUGUAUCCUAUAUUCCCUAAUUUUCUGCUCUUCUUCUUCUGCACAUCUUUGCCAUGAUGACGAGAGCACUGCUUUGCUCCAAUUUAAGCAACUCUUUGCCUUCAAUUGCUCUGCUUGCGAUUUCUCUUUUUUUUCUGCUCCACUCACUGAUAAUUGGAAAGAGGGUACAGAUUGUUGUGCAUGGGAUGGGGUCACAUGUGAUAACACCACUUCUCAUGUCAUUGGCCUCGUCCUCCGUUCUAACUGCCUAUAUGGUACCAUUCAUCCAAACAGCAGCCUCUUCAAUCUUGUUCACCUUCAACACCUCGACCUUUCUUACAACAACUUCAAUCACUCUCAAAUUUUACCUUCAUUUGGCCGUUUCACAAAUUUGACCCAUCUUUACCUCUCUUACUCCUAUCUUUCUGGCCCAAUACAAUCAUCAGAAGAAGAAGUUUGGCAAGGGAAUAACUUCUCCAAUAGCAUUUUCCACUUACAGAAAUUGCAGGAGCUGCGGUUAGGCGGUAACAGAGAACUCACAGGUAAACUUGCAAGUUUUAUUAAUGGAACUCUCCGGCACCUUAGGUCGUUGGAUCUCUCUGGAAUGGAUUUCACAGGAGAGCUACCUAAUUCCAUCGGCCAACUUGAGUACUUGGAGGAGCUACACCUCUCUGACUGUAAUCUCUUCGGUACCAUUCCAACAUCGCUUGGAAACCUCACGCGAUUAAGAACUUUAAGUCUUUCAAGGAAUAAUAUAAAUAAUGGUCAAUUCCCAUCUUCAAUCGGCCAUCUUAAAAACUUGGAGUACCUAUACCUCUUUCACUGUAAUUUCUCUGGUACAAUUCCGAGAUUGCUUACAAACCUCACGCGAUUAACUGUGCUUAAUAUUUCAUACAACAAUUUUGAAGGCCCAAUUCCUCAAUUUUUUUCCAACUUCUCGCAACUUCUAACUAUAGAUUUCUCAAACAAUCAACUAACAGGCCUCAUUCCAUCGUCAUCACCUUCUUCCUUGUUUCAUCUUGUGAACCUUGCCGAACUUGAUCUUUCGUCAAAUAAUUUAAGCGACACUGUAGAGCUGGACACGUUUGCAAAGCUUGAAUAUUUGAAGUACUUGGAUCUUUCAAACAGUGGUCUAUCAUUGACCACCACCAACUCCACUCCCUCCUCUUUCCGAAACAUUUGGAAAUUACGAUUGUCAUCUUGCAACAUAAAUAAAAUUCCUGAAUUUUUGAAAACACCAACGGAAUCAUUGCGGAUGCUAGACCUUUCGAACAACCACCUAAAUGAAGAACUCAAUCCACUCUGUAAUCUUCGUUCUCUUGAAUAUCUCGAUCUGUCCAAUAACCAAUUUGGCGGAUUAAUCCCUACUUGUUUGGGAAACUUCAGUGAAUUAUUAACCGUGUUAAACUUGCAGAGUAACAAUUUCAGUGGGACCAUCCCUGAAACUUUUGGAUAUGCAAGCUUGUUGCAAGAACUUGACAUUAGCAACAAUGGAUUGCAAGGGGUGCUUCCAAGAUCAUUGGCGAAUUGCGCAAACCUAGAAAUUUUGAAUCUGGGUCAUAAUUUCAUAGAAGAUGCUUUUCCAUUUUGGUUGGAGAACCUGCCCCAAUUGAAGGUUAUUGUCUUGCGAGAUAAUAAAUUCCAUGGUCUGAUAGGGCAACCAAGGAAGAGAUUAGCCUUCGCCAAUUUGCAUAUCAUUGACGUGUCUCACAAUGAUUUUACAGGACCUUUGCCAUCAAAAUACUUUGAGAGCAUGCAUUCAAUGAUGAUGGAUAAUGAAGACAAAUCCUUCUUAAAUUAUAUGCACAAUGAUUAUGGUUAUUAUUCGGUAACCGUAAUGAAUAAAGGACUGGAAAUGGAACUUGUAAGGAUCAUCACCAUCUUCAAAGCUGUUGAUUUCUCGCACAACAAGUUUCAUGGAAAUAUUCCAAUAUCCAUUGGAAGACUUAAAGCCCUUUGUGUCCUAAAUUUUUCGGGUAAUGGCCUCACAGGUCUCAUUCCAGUGUCCUUGGGGGAUCUAACUAAGCUUGAGUCCUUGGAUCUAUCCCAAAACAAACUCUCUGGAGAGAUUCCUCAGCAACUAACUAAAUUGACAUUCCUUGAAUUUCUUAAUUUCUCACAAAACAAUCUAACAGGACUUAUACCACGAGGUGGGCAAUUCGAAACAUUUUUAAACACUUCAUAUGAGGAAAAUCUAGGCUUGUGCGGGUUUCCAUUGUCAAAGAAUUAUGAGAAUGUCCCAAUAGCCGAAUCACCAACUUUACCAUCCUCAUUUAGCCAUAAUUUUAAGUUCAAAUUUGAUGGCUUUGGUUGGGAAGCUGUGUUGAUGGGAUAUGGGUGUGGAGUAUUGCUUGGUUUGUUGAUUGGAAGUUACAUUAUUCGAAGGAAAGAAGAAUGGCUAGUGAGGAUUUUUGGUGUAAAAAUGCGUCAACAUAGGAAGAGAUCAAAGAAGGUUUGGAAGAAGAAAGCUCCUACAAAGUCAAUUAUAAAUUGUUUGUAG